AUGCCUUCGUCUGUAGUCGUUGGUGCUUCUCGUGGUUUGGGUUAUGAAUGGCUGCGUCAACUCAGCAGUGGUGGAAAUAACACGGUUAUUGGUCUUGUUCGGACCCCAACUAUUGUUGAAAAAAGACUGGCUGCCGAUUUAAUUCAAAAUGUGCACCUCAUCCAAGCCGACAUGGCGGACAAUAACUCCCUCGUCACCGCAGCCACGGAAGCGAAAAAGUUGACAGGAGGCUUCGUCGACUACCUGAUCAUCAACGGGGCAUACACGAACCCAGCAGAGAACUUCCUCUCGCCAAGCGAGUUCUCCGGAAAAGAAGAGGAGUUGACCAAUUCCAUGAUCGAAAGCCUCAAAGUCAAUGUCCUCGGAGCCAUCUUCUCGAUCAACGCUUUCUUGGCUCUCGUGCGCAAGAGUAACAUCAAGAAGAUCAUUGUAAUUACAACCGGGUUGUCAGACAGAGAUAUGACAGAGAAGAGCACCUUCUCUCACUUUAUGACAUACAGCUCAAUGAAGGCCGCUUUGAACAUCGUAGUUGCCAAAUAUGCGGUGGAGCUGAAAAGUGAAGGGAUCAUUCUUCUUGCUUUGAGCCCUGGCUUGGUGGAUACGACUUCUGAUAAACCUGCAAGCCAACAAUUUCGAACGCGGGAUCCUGACUUUCCGGGCCCGAUCAGCACGGCUGAAAGUGUUAUCAUGCAGCAAAAGGUCAUUGACAGCAUUAGCAUUGAGAAUACGGGUGCUUUCCUCUCUCAUCACGGAAACAAAAACUGGCUAUGA